GUUAACUGUCAACACAUUCUUCUUGUCAGAUUGAAUAAAAUACGGAGGUUUCUUUUCCUUCGUAAAUUUCCUUUGAACAAGGAACUAAUCAAGAUAUCAAAGACCUCACAAUGCCGGAACUAACAGAAUUGGACAAGGCCACCGCCUCUAUGACCGAAAAGCGCAAGGAGGAGACGGCUUCAUCGGACAGCGAUUCCGAUGACACUAUUCCAGAAUUAGAAGAUGCAGGAACAACAGGUGCAGGUGGAAUCACGAACCCAAUCGCCGGUAUCGACAUUGUAUCAAAGGCUAAGCAGUCCCGUGGGGAGAAGAAGGCCCGUAAAAUUAUGAGCAAACUCGGAUUAAAACCUGUGCAAGGAGUCAACAGGGUUACAAUCAGGAAGUCAAAGAACAUCCUCUUUGUGAUCAACUCUCCAGAUGUAUACAAGAACCCUCAUUCCGACACAUACAUUGUGUUUGGUGAGGCCAAGAUUGAGGAUCUCUCACAACAGGCAACCAUGGCAGCUGCUGAACGGUUCAAGGCCCCAGAGACAGCUGCUGCUGGCAACGACACUGCUACUGCUGGCACUACAGUGGCACCCAUCGCAGAGGAAGAAGAUGAGGAAGGAGUAGACGAGACAGAGGUUGAUGAGAAGGAUGUCGAAAUUGUGAUGGUGCAGGCGAAUGUGUCUCGAGCGAAGGCGGUUCGCGCUUUGAAGAACAACCAAUCGGAUAUAGUGAAUGCUAUAAUGGAGCUGACAAUGUAAGCAGUCCAGACGUAGUCAGUCACAAGUGUUAUUUUAUAUGUUCCUAGCUUUAAGUCAGUUAAAAUAAUUCAAGAGCGAGAGAGACGAUUGUCUGUCUCACCUGUGCAUCAGUAUAUAUCAAUUGAAUCCAAAGUCAAUCUCAGCAAAGCCACGAGUAUGGAUGGUAUUAGAAAGGAUUAUGGGAUUGUAUAUAGAAUUAUUUACUUCAAAAUACAAUAAAGUAUGGUAAAC